UAUAUUUUAUAUCUAAAGAUAAAAAAGGACCUUAAUUGGAGAGUGAACAUAUUUAUCUAAGGAGAGGAACAGCAGCAAAAAAAAAAAAAUAGACUUAAAAAGGACCUGAUAGCAUCGUACUCGUCGGGGAUAUGAAAAAAUUUUAACUCAAUAUUCAGGAAAAUAAUUGAAUCGCUAAAAAAGAAAGUGAUGAAAUGGUAUCAAAGUGGCAAAAUUGGAUUAAAGUGUACAAAAAACAAAAGUCAUGUUGCCUAGGAAUACGUAGCGUAUGCAAAAUCCUUAAAAUAGCCGUUUUAAUAGUAGAUCAGUGAUAUUUACUAAUUACAUGUAGUAUAAAAACUCCACUCCCACGAAUCAGAGUAUACACGGCGUAUAAGAAAGUCAUUGAUGUCAUUCGAAUAACAAUUGCAACAAUGACUCACAGCUUACGACUUGUGAUAAAAUAUGCUGAUAAUCUCGUUUUGAUGACUCAAGAUUACAAUCGUACACACGACAAUGGUUUUGCACGAAGAAAUAUUUGGCGGAGGCAAAAACUACGAAGUUUCUUACAAUUGUUUAGGUUUUAUACAAUUUGCGCUAUCUGUUUCGUAUGCUGUAGUAUUUUUACUGCUGCUACAGCAUUGACUGAUGGCAGCAGUCGAAACAGAAGUGGUAGCAGCACAGUAAAGAGUACUCUGUCGAGUUCAACGAGUACAAAUACAUCGCAGAUGGGCCUUCAGUUUUCGUCAAGUGAUAUAGUGGCGCAAUUCAGUUUGCCUGCCGUGGCUCUUGGAGGUAGUAACAUUGAAGGAGGAUCUGAUGGAGUCACUUCUUCAAUAAUAACAAGCGCACUGAAUGCUCUCAAUCGCUCGACACCAACCAUACUAAGUGGUUUCCAGUACAAAAACUAUUUUACUCAUUUAGCAUAUGAUUUCAAGCGUAAUGUUUUUUACGCUGGUUCAACUAAUAAGAUCCUACAGUUGAAUGAAAAUUUGAGGGUGUUAUCUCAGGCAUUAACCGGACCUAAGUAUGAUUCGCCACAAUGUCACGCAAGUGGGUGCCCCGAUGAUGUCGAGACAACACUAGUUAAUAACCAUAAUAAAAUCCUAAUAGUUAGUUAUGCGCAGGGUAUGGGAAUACUCAUUGUAUGUGGCAGUGUUCGACAAGGUGCUUGUGAAAUGUAUAAUCUUACCAAUUUUCCGAAUUCGCCACAAUUCAUUGAAACUCCUUUGGCUGCUAACGAUGAGUUUGCCUCCACGUAUGCUUUUAUCGGUCCCGCAAAAUAUUCCUGGAAAGACGAAGAUAUUCUCUAUGUCGGCACAACAUUUACAAAUGUAGGCGAUUAUAGGCAUGACGUACCAGCGAUUUCGUCACGCCGGUUAGACGAUUUAAAUUAUGUUGAAUUUUCAAUACAACAAUCUAUUAUUAAUAUAGAUGUGAAAUAUCGAGAUCACUUUCUUGUUAACUAUGUGUAUGGGUUUAACUCUUCAGAAUAUGCCUAUUUUGCGCUGGUGCAGAAAAGGUCACAUCUAGCUGAUGAAGCCGGCUACGUGACUCGAUUAGCACGUAUAUGCGUGACGGAUCCAAAUUACGAUACCUAUACUGAGGUAACCAUUCAGUGUCUUGCAACUAAGGAUAAUACUGACUAUAAUAUACUACGCGAUGCAAAGAUUGCACAAGCUGGCCAAAAACUAGCAAAAAAGAUGGGAAUCAAACGUGAUGAUUCUGUUUUAGUUACAGUCUUCUCGCCAUCAAAAGAAAUUACCGACCAAGUGGAAGCCAAAUCGGCUAUGUGUAUAUAUAGUCUGAAAGAUAUUGAAGAAGUGUUUAAUGAAAAUAUACAUAUGUGUUUUAAUGGUACUAUUAAGGAUCGCAACUUAGGUUAUGUAUCUGGUACUAUCGACGAUGGUCACUGUCCAGUAGCUGGCACCAUAGGUAAUAUUCAAGAUUUUUGUACGGUGGGCUUAAAAAUUAGUGGAUCUUCAGCGAUUACAUCUCAAGCGCUGUUUAAUUUUGAUAACGUUAGUAUAACAUCAGUCACUGCAACGACUACUGGUCCUCAUUCGUUAGCUUUUUUGGGAACUGAGGCUGGCACAAUAAAAAAGGUUUUGAUAUCUGGCCAUAAUGCGGGUGAAUACGAAGAGAUAGUAGUUGAUCCAGGCAAUCAAAUUCUUCAAGAUACCAUGAUGUCUUCAAACAGGGAGUUCUUGUAUGUACUAUCGAAACGCAAGAUAACCAAACUUCGUAUAGAACACUGCUCAGUUUAUUCAAACUGUUCUUCAUGUUUAGAAUCACGUGAUCCAUUCUGUGGCUGGUGUUCUUUGGAGAAACGUUGUACUGUCCGAUCUACCUGUCAAAAGGAUACUUCUGCUGCUCGUUGGCUUUCCUUAGGAAGCGGCCAACAAUGCAUUGAUUUCGAAUCUGUUGUUCCGGACAAAAUACCAAUCACUGAGCUUACACAGGUGCACUUGGUUAUACGUACGUUGCCAGAACCAUUCAACGCUAAGUAUCGUUGCGUUUUCGGAAACUCAACUCCUAUUGACGCUGAUGCACUUGAAAAUGGAUUAGCUUGUAUGACACCACCGAUAGAGGAACGACCCAAUAUCAAUUCGAAUAUGGACCAUGUUCUUGUGCCUCUUUCUGUUCGAAGUUCGGAAACCAAUAAAGAUUUUGUGUCCCGUUCCUUUGCAUUUUUUGACUGCGCACGUCACAAUACCUGUCAGAAAUGCGUUCGUAGUAUUUGGGACUGUAACUGGUGUAUCUUUGACAAUAAAUGCGUUCAUAAAAUGGAACAAUGCAAAAAUAUGGAGAGUGUAAUUAGUAACGAAGAAAUUUGCCCACAUUUAAAACCUUCGCGUCAAGUAAUAUUGCUACCUGUGCAAGUGCCAAAAGAAAUAAAAUUAGAAAUUGAAAACCUUCCCAAACCAAAAAGUGCUCAUUCCGGCUUUCUAUGUACGGUUCAGAUUGAAACAUCCCAAAUGCUUCUACCAGCUCGCAUCGAAUCAAAUAAAAUUGUUGUAUGCGAAAAGACACCGUACUUUUAUGAAACGAAUACCCAUGAAUAUGAGGCUAAAGUGGAUAUUACAUGGAAUCGUCAACACUAUGUGGAUACGGCAACAAUUAUUCUGUAUAAAUGUGAUGUAUUGGGCUCACAUCGGGAGCAUGCAGAUUGUAGUUUAUGCGUAACAAGAGAUCCAAAAUACCAGUGCGCGUGGUGCAGUAAUUCGUGUGUCUACAAUGAGACCUGUUCGCCUGAAGUCCCCGAACAUACUGUAGUGCCAUAUGACGCACCAUAUUUGAUGGCUCGUGCUAAUGAAUGUCCGCGUCCCCGUAUUGACAUGAUUAAACCACUGUCAGGUCCAAUUGAAGGAGGAACCUUAAUUACCAUUGAAGGCAGUAAUCUAGGUAUACGAGAAGAAGAUGUGCGUGGGAAAAUAUCAAUUGGCAAUGUUCCAUGUGAAUUGGUUAAUUAUGAAAUAUCUGUAAAAAUUGAGUGUAGAACUGGUGCUGUUGCAUAUGAGCUCUCUGCACCCAUAAAAGUUGCCAAUGAAGCCGGCUACACAGAGUCCAGUGUACAGUUUCAUUUCAAGAAUAUCCAGCUUAAUGGUUUACAACCAACAAUCGGACCAAAAUCGGGUGGCACACAAAUUUCACUCAUGGGAAAAUAUCUUAACAUAGGCUCGCGUAUACGGGCCUUUCUGGAUGAGUAUGAAUGUCACAUCAACGUUACUCAGGCAUCUUCGUCACGUUUAACUUGUAUAACAUCUGAAGCUACACAACCGGAGCCCAUACGAACUUUACAAUUAGUUAUAGAUGGUGCCAAUCGUACAUUCUCCUGUAACAAUCCUAGGUUACCACAAAUUCAAUCGCAUGGGAACUCUUAUAAUCAACAUCAAUUCGUAUCUCCUGAAAUUGGUACAAACUAUGUUUAUAAUUUCCAAAUACCUACGAAACGAAUAUGCUCUAUAUUUAAUUACACACAAGACCCGCGAAUAAUGCAAAUAAAACCAUUGCGUAGUUUUGCCAGCGGUGGAAGGGUUAUAACAGUCCACGGUUUACACCUCAAUUCGAUACAGAAACCAGAGUUAGAAGUUACUAUUGACAAUGAGCGCAUUAAUAAAAGUGCUUGUACUGUCAUAAAUCCAAACCAAAUGGAGUGCCCAUCACCGUCAGUAAAUGAAAAAUAUUUAGAAUAUAAGGCCUCUUUAGAACAAAUCCAAACGGCAGCUGCAAAUCCUUACGCUUCAUCACUUACGAAAUUUAAUUUUGAAAGCGUAAGAAAGCGGAGCACACAAGUUAAAGACAAUUCAUAUUCAUAUACAACAGUGAUCAACGCCGCCAGUGGUUAUUUUGGUGGAUCAGGUGUAAAUCCUGACAUGGCCGCUUUUGUAAGGAUACAGGAAACACAAUUCAACCUUCAAGUUGGUUUUAUUAUGGAUAAUGUGCAAUGGGUACGUGAUUUGAGCAAAUAUUUUCAGAACUUACGUAGCGCAAUUGUUUAUGUGCCCGACCCAAAGUACACUCCUUUUCCAGAUGGAGUUAAGCUUUAUAAAGGUGAUACACUAGUAAUAGAAGGCGAACAAUUAAACCUCGCUGCAGACGAGUAUGAUGUAAAUGUAACUAUUGGCACAUUGCAGUGUAAUAUUACUAGCUUAGCUCUGAAUCAAUUAGUUUGUAUUCCUCCGGAGAAACAGCCUUUAUCAACUGAUGAAAAUGGCGUCGAACAGCCCAACUCUUUGCCAUUAGUUGUUGUAAAAGUUGGUCGAAACUUGCGAUUUGUUAUUGGUUACUUAAAGUACGAUCUACUCAAGCCAUAUUCAUUUUCGAAUGCAUUUGUCGGUAUUGUUGUUACAGUUCUCAUCGCAUUGGUGGCCUUGUUUGUUGUCCUAAUAAUCUACAGACGAAAAUCAACACAAGCAGAGCGUGAAUAUAAACGCAUACAAAUUCAAAUGAUUACUUUAGAAAGCAAUGUGCGUUCGGAAUGUAAACAGGCUUUUGCUGAACUACAAACCGACAUGACUGAUUUGACCGCUGAUUUGGAGAGCAGCGGGAUACCUACCCUCGACCACGUCAAUUACAUAAUGAAAGUGUUUUUUCCUGGAGUUUCAGACCAUCCAAUUUUGAUAGCACCAAAGCUACGAAUGAAUAAUCCUCACACUCCGUACGAUACUGCUAUGCUUCAAUUUGGACAACUGAUAAGCAAUAAAUAUUUUGUAUUAACUUUUAUUGAAACUUUGGAGUCUCAGAAAACAUUUAAUAUCCGCGACAAGGUUAAUGUUGCUUCGCUGUUAACGAUAGUUUUAAUGAACAAAAUGGAAUAUACGACGGAGAUUUUAAAAUGCUUAUUGCUGCGGUUAGUAGAUAAGUCAGUGGUGGGGAAGCAUCCACAUUUAAUGUUACGACGAACAGAAAGUGUUGUAGAAAAAAUGCUUACAAAUUACAUGGCAAUUUGCAUGUAUGAUUACUUAAAAGAAUAUGCUGGUUCGAGUCUAUUUCUACUUUUCAAAGCAAUCAAACAUCAAAUCGAAAAAGGUCUUGUAGACACUAUAACACAUGAGGCUCGAUACUCGUUGUCGGAAGAGCGUUUAUUGCACGAGCAAAUUCCACAUUCCGUUGUGGUAUUGCAUAUUGUUCAGGAUGACCUUGAUGAGAAGGUUCAAUGCAAAGUGCUCGAUUGGGAUACUAUUUCUCAAGUCAAAUCAAAAAUAUUAGAUGCCCUAUUUAAAAAUACGCCAUUUUCUUGCCGACCAUCAGUGCAUGAAGUCGACUUAGAAUGGCGUCAUGGCCGUGGCGGCCACCUAACUUUGCAGGAUGAAGAUGUAACUACUAAAACGAUAAAUGGUUGGAAACGUCUCAAUACACUUGCGCAUUACGGUGUCAAGGAAUCAGCUGUAAUGUCUCUAAUAGCACGUCAAGGCGAUAGUUAUAACAGACAUUAUAGCAAACAACAACCACCGUAUCAUAAUUUUUAUUACAUAAACAAUUCCCAAUCUCAUAUUAUUAUUAACAACGACAUCGAAAGUGGGUUGCAGCAGCCGAGAGUGUAUCAUCUGGUAAAACCAGUAGCGGCUGAUCAUUAUAUGAAUAUAAAAAACUCUGUAAUUUCUGGAGGAAACGUUACUGCUUCUGCUUGCAAUGCAACUAGUGAACGUGUAAACAAAACUAUACCUGAAGUAUAUUUAACAAGAUUAUUGGCUGCUAAGGGAACAAUACAAAAAUUUGUUGAUGACUUUUUUGCCACGAUACUAACAGUAAAUGAGGAAUUACCACCGGCUGUUAAAUGGUUAUUCGAUCUUCUUGAUGAAGCGGUGCGAAGGCAUGAGUUUGUCGACACGGAAAUUCUUCAUGCCUGGAAAUCAAACAGUUUACUUUUGCGUUUUUGGGUCAAUUUUAUAAAAAAUCCUGAUUUCAUUUUUGAUGUAAAUAAGACAGUAACAUUGGAUUCAUGCCUAAGUGUUAUAGCGCAAACUUUUAUGGACGCAUGUUCCACAACGGAACAUAGAUUGGGUAAAGAUUCACCAUCGAACAAAUUGUUAUUUGCAAAGGACAUUCCCCAGUACCGCAAGAUGGUUAAACAAUUUUACCGCGAAGUCUCACGUUUGCCACAGAUAAGUGAUCAGGAAAUGAACACGGCUAUGCAGCAACUAUCAGUCCAACAGAGUGAUGAAUUCGACAUGAUAGCGGCAUUGAAAGAGCUCUAUAUAUACGUCACUAAAUACAGGGAUGAACUCGUCUUCGAUUUUUACCUAUUCAAAAAGAUGGAUCAAAGAACCUGUUUCAAAUUUUUGUGAAAAACGAAAUUAAAUGCGCGGAUGCAUUCCGAAUGUUAACUGUGUCAGAAGCUACUUUGGACAAAAGCAACGUUUAUCGGUGGUAUAAAAUGUUCUCAGAAGGCCGAGAAGAUGUGAACGACGAAAAGCGUGCCGAACGCCCGAACACUUCAACAACAGACGAAAAAAGUGAUGAAGUGAAGAAAAUGGUAUUGGCCAAUCGACGAAUCACAGUUAGAGAAGUUGCUGAGGACCUAGACAUAUCGAUUAGCCCGUGCCAUUUGAUUUUUUUCAAUGAUGUGGGCAUGAGACGGGUCGUCGAAAAAUUCGUACCAAAACUGCUCAGUUUUGAUCAAAAGCAGCAUCGCAUGAACAUUGCUAAUGAGAUGUUGGACUCUGUCCGCGACGACCCAGAUUUGCUGCAGAGGGUCAUAACUGGUGACAAAUCGUGGGUUUAUGGUUAUGACGUGGAAAACAAAGCUCACUCAACUCAAUGGAAGCCGCCACACGAACCAAGACCGGAAAAAGCGCGCUAAGUUCGGUCGAAUGUCAAAGUUUUGCUUACCGUUUUCUUUCCAGGGGCAUUGCGCAUCAUGAGUUCUUCCCACGGUCAAUGAGGACUAUUACCUGCAAGUUAUGCGUAAUUUGCGCGAAGCAUUCCGCCAGAAACGCCCGGAUUUGUGGAAGAACAAAAAUUAGCUCUUGCAUCACGAUAACGCCCCUGCUCACCCAUCAUUGCUUGUGCGCGACUUUUUGGCGAAAAAGAACACGCUAAUGGUGGCAGAGCCACCGUAUUCCUCAGAUCUGGCCCCCUGUGACUUUUUCUUGUUCCCAAAACUGAAGAGGCUCAUGAAAGGACGACGCUGGGCUACGAUUGACAAGAUAAAGACGGCAUCGAAGGAAGAGCUGAACAAGAUAAUGCACGCUUUGGAUACCGAUGUUAAUUGCAAAAAAAUGCAUUUAUCGCAUAAAUUGGA